GAAACUCUCUAUCAAUCCAACUUAAACCGACCGGUUUAACUCCCAAGAGCUACUUGGAGUUGUCGUAAACACAGAGAUCACAAUCUUACCAAAUUUUCACACACCGACAUGUCUAGAUCCUUAGCUCUCGUUUACUUAUCCUUACUUUGUCUUCAAACCCAUCUCUCAAUCUCCGUCACAGUUCCGAUUCCGUCGGUAAACGGCGAAAUCGACGCAAUGCUGAACCGGAACGGCGUAAUCGGAGAGGAAGAAGGAGAGGAGAUGAUGCCAUCGGAGAUAAGUCGGAGAGUAAUGAUGAUGCGGAAACAGUACAUAAGCUACGAAACUUUAAGGAGAGAUAUGGUUCCUUGUCAGAAACCAGGUGCUUCUUAUUACGCUUGUCGCUCUGGUCAGGCUAAUGCUUACAACAGAGGAUGUAGUGUCAUUACUAGGUGUGCUAGAGACACUAACGACAUCAAGACUUGAAAACAUUGGGGUCUUUAAGUACAUUUGAGUUUUAAACUCAGAUGCUCUAGAGGCAAGUGAAAUCUUAUUAUUCUUGUCUUUUGUUUUGUAAUGUUGUUGUUUACAUUAGAUUUCUUAAUUAUUGAUAUGUAAUUUUGGCUAUUAAUGUUCAAGUAAUUGAUAUUUAUAGUCUUGAAAGUGUUGAGUGGAGUAAUAGAUGGAAGAUUGUGGAAUAAAGUUUGGGUUUUAAGCUUGUUUAGGGUACUUAUGGACCAAAUUUAGAAGUUUUGGCAGGGUAUGUGAAGAAUUGAGAUGGUUCUUAUAAUGGAUUUAGAUCUUUGAUGGGUUUGAAUUCAUCAAGCAAUUGAUCUGAGUACAAUAAUGUUUUAAUUAGAAAGCUGAUUUUGGUUGUUCUUGUAAGUUCAAGAACCUGACUCUUGGACUCUCCAUUGAACUCCAUUUGUCAAAU